GCAGGCCGAAGCUCCGGCGAUCGCGUGUGGGGCAAAGACGAUGGCUUUCAAUUCGCCGGCUCGACCAGCGUCCCCCUUCCCCCAACCCAGGCGCCUCCUCUGCGCGUGCACUCAACCAACCCCCCUCCUACUACUGACGUACCUACUACAACUCCUUCUUCCCUCCCUUCUCCUCCCCAUUCUCCUCCUCCUUCUCCGCCUUCUUCUCCUCCCGCUCCCCCUCCGCCUCCCCCCGUCCUCGCGCCCCAUGCGCCCUCGAUCCGCCUCCGCGCGUCUUCCUAACGGACAUCCACCUCCACUCCAUCGCCGCCUCCUUCCCUAAUCUCCGCUCCCUAAACCUCGACACCCGGGCGAGCUUCAAAGCCGAGACUAUCGGCCACCUCGCAGCAUCGCUCCCUCACCUGGCAGCCCUCUCCCUCUGGUCCGACGGCAUCACCUGGGAGACGGUGUCGUUCCUCCUCGCUCUCCUCCCGUCGCUGCAGCACCUCUCCCUCGUGUCUCACGCCUUGGAUCCACAGUUGCACUCGCGCAAAGGCCGCCGCUGCAUUGCCCGUGGGGGCUCCUGCUCCUGCCUCCUGCUCCUGCUCCUGCUCCUGCUCCCGCUGCCGCCAAAACUCAUCCCCUGCCGCCGACCGAAGGUGCUUCAGCAGCGGGUGAUCCAGCCGACUCCGAAACCCUAGCUCUCUUCUCCGCGCUCUCCAUUGCAGCACCGAAGCCCGGCGACCUCUUCUGGUGCCCCUCGGGCUCGUCCCUCGCUCCGUCCCUCUCCUCCAUCCGUCUGUACACCGCCCCCACCGCUCCGUCUCCUGGCACCUGCCUCCCGCCUCCUCCCUCCUUCUCGCCCUCGCUGCUGGCAGUGGUGGCGGUGACAGCAGCAGCAGCUUGAGCGGUAGUGCCCCCAGCCUGCCUGUCUCACGCCCGUCUUCCUCCCCCUGCGCUCCUUCCACGCCCAAAAUUCCCCCGCAGCCACGUGGCAGCUGGUGGGCCACCUCUUCCGCCACCUUACCACUCUGGAUCUGUCCCAAACCGAUUCGCUGCCACCCUCAGCCCAACCCGACGUUGGCUCGGCUGAGUGGGGGCGAAGCGAAGAGGCGCUGUGCAAGGCCAUCCGCUCCUUCCCUCUCCUGGAGCGCCUCGCCCUUCCCUUGGCGUCAGACGCCGUUCUGACCGAAAUUUCGCAGUCCUGCCCGAACCUCACCGCCCUGCACGUCCAGCCGCUAGCUCGUUUCGUUGCUGUUGCGUCUGCUGCUGCCGCUAGCGGCGACUUCCUUCAAACCUGCUCUUCUUCCUACGCCAGGACCUGCCUGCGUGUCGCCCUCCCUCCCAUCCAGUCACAUGUGACUGAUGCCGGGGUGUAGCGAUUGCUAAUGGAUGCACGCGAUUGGAGCAGCUGAGCCUGGGCGGCUGUGUGAAUGUUGGGCCAGUGGGGCUGCGACAGCUGGCGAGGAGGUGCGGGCGGCUGGAGGUGCUGAGGCUGGCGCGGACAGGGGUGGAUGAUGUUGCUGUCUUGGCGGCGCUGUUUGGCGACACCUGGCAGGGUGCCAGUGCUGCUGUGAAUGAUGCUUCUGCCCCACUCCAGCUGCAGCUGCCCCGGCUGGUUCUGCUGGACCUGUUUGAAUGCUCGGGUGUUUCCUCUGGUCUCCUGCUGGCGCUCUUAGCAGCAGCCAGGGAGCUCGCUGGCAAUAGUGGGGAGGGUGUGGCUGUGGCUGGGAAGGAGGGAGUGUGUCACGGGUUGCAGGAUUUCAGGCUGCGGAGGCUGCUGGUGUCUCAUGGUGUAAUUGCUGGGGAUCAAGGGACGGGGGUGAGGGAAGGGGAAGGUGCAGGGGAAGGAGGAGGAAUUGAGAGUGGUUCUGCUGGUGUGGAUCUGAGGGUUGCAGCAAGGGAGGUGGGAAUGCUGCUGCCACAGCUGGUCGUGUCGUGCAGGCGGACAGCGGAGCAUGUGUUGCCGUGGGAUGGAUUUUUUGGAGAGAGGGAACUUGGUGUGGAUGGAAAUGGUGAUACUAGGAAUGCUGAGAUCUAGUGUGAUUUAUCAGCUUGGAGGAGGUGUUUGUGUGUGGUAAUGUGGAAGUGGAAUCUAGAAGGGAUGUAUAGCCUUAUGUUUGUGUCAUUUGUGUGAUGUGUGUCCAUUUUUGAGUAAAAAAGUAAAUGUAAUUUC